CUCUACAUUCCCCAGAACCACCGAACCUGCUCCGCCCCAUGUCCGCUCCUCUCACUUGUCUUGAAAACAAAAGCAUCUUUGGCUGAACGCUUUCCGUCGCCGCCACUGGAUUGUUCGUUGGUGAGUUCGGGACGGAACCAUGGAGUUGUCGGAUAUCUCUUUCCCGAUCCCCGCCGCUGACGACUUCUACGACGACCCCUGCUUCAACACCAGCGACAUGCACUUUUUCGAGGACCUGGACCCGCGGCUGGUGCACGUGGGCCUGCUGAAGCCCGACGACUCCUCCUCUUCGUCCUCGUCCUCGCCUUCCUCCUCCUCCUCCUCCCCGUCGUCCCUGCUGCACCUCCACCACAACGCAGAGGGCGACGACGACGAGCACGUCCGCGCCCCCAGCGGGCACCACCAGGCGGGCCGCUGCCUGCUCUGGGCCUGCAAGGCCUGCAAGCGGAAGACCACCAACGCGGACCGGCGGAAGGCGGCCACGCUGCGCGAGCGCCGGCGGCUCAGCAAAGUCAACGACGCCUUCGAGACCCUGAAGCGCUGCACGACGGCGAACCCCAACCAGAGGCUCCCGAAGGUGGAGAUCCUGCGUAACGCCAUCAGCUACAUCGAGUCCCUGCAGGCGCUGCUGCGCGGCGGCCAGGAGGACGGCUUCUACCCGGUGCUCGAGCACUACAGCGGGGACUCGGACGCCUCCAGCCCCCGGUCCAACUGCUCCGACGGCAUGGCGGAUUUUAACGGACCCACCUGUCAGUCGACCAGAAGAGGAAGUUAUGACAGCAGCUCCUAUUUCUCCGAGACGCCGAACGGUGGUCUGAAAAGUGAGCGGAGCUCGGUGGUCUCCAGUCUGGACUGUCUGUCCAGCAUCGUGGAGCGGAUCUCCACCGACAACAGCAGCCUGCUGCCAGCUGCCGACGGCCCUGGCUCCCCGGCCCCGGAUCCAGCCGGUGAGACGCCGGCCCCAGGGCCCCAGAUCCCCUCCCAGAACACCAGCCAGGACCCCAGUCUGAUCUACCAAGUGCUAUAGGCCCUUACACACGGUCAUCCACUGGGACACUGACCCGUCACACAUCCAUCACAGUGAAAACAUUAUUUAUGCUGAGUAUUCACAACCGGUUUGCUUUUUAUUUUUUAAACAAUAUAUCUUAGAAUUUUUCUCAGUAUUUUUACCACAACCAAUUAAAUUUAACUUUUUGCCAAACUCAUGGAAGCUCACUCCUCCCAGAAAAAACCCAUUAAGAUUUAUUUGUUGCUACACGUGCUUACUAUUAUUUGUAGAAAGUACCAACCACCGUCUUCAUCAUCAGGAACUUCUAUGUAUACAUUUUUAAUGAUUUUGUAGUAUGAGAAGAUGUGUUAAAAAGUCUAAAAUUGGUUAUUACAAGGGCUGCAACUUAAUUUAGUCUUAAUUCAAUACUUGUAAAAUAAGGAAUGAUAAAAGCUGAGCAUCACACUCCACGAACCACUGGACAGUAAUAUUAUGCUGUAAAUAAGUACAGUUAUAGCCUGGAAGUAGCUAUAUAAAAGACAUUUUUCUGAUGUGAUUAUACUUUAUAAAUUAUGAUGUUAGAUUCUUAGGAAUAAUUUUCCACUUCACUUGUAUAAUAAGCCCCAGAUUUAUUGUUUAAGGGGCAAACGUUUAGGUUAAACCUUGAAAAUAUUUAAAACAACUGUUUUACUGGUAAAUACAAUCCAGUUCAAUUCUUGCUGUAUUUUGGUUUAAUUUUAAUUUAUGAAGAAAUAUUUUAAGGCUCAGCUGUAUCAUAUGUCAGAUGGAUUUUUUCUCCUUUUCUGUGUCUGGAGGCCAGAAACCAUCCAUUUACAUUCCUCCACUUUCAUCCAUCUGAAGACCUAAAAGCCCCAGCUGUUGUUUUCCGUCAGGAAGAAAUAACUACAGUUACCAUGUGAGGUAUUUUAGAAAGUAUAGCAAAAAACCCACAAAUUUCCACAGUGAAACAUUUAGUUUAUGGGGAGUGUUGCUGUAUUUUCCCCAUAAGGUUCAAGCUUCCUUUUUAUCAAUUAAAGAUUCAGAUUUUCAUUCUCUGCAGCAGAGGACCAUUAUCUCUUUCUGUACAUACUGUGUAAAUAAGAGCUGAUUUCUUCCAACUGAAAGUAUUAAUUAUGUAUUUAAUGUUUCUGUCUGUAUGUGCUUAUGUUUGUUGUGAAAAAUGUUAAACUUUAUAUUUAUACAUUUGAAAACUGAGUGACAGUCUAAUGACGAAUAAAUGAACCUGCUUAUUUAUAAAAAAAGUCUACUUUUUCAUUUUAAUAAUAUUAUGUUUGAAUUUAUUUCAUCAUUAAACAUUUCCUAUUUAAGUUUAUGAAUAAGUCAAUGUUUAUUUGAAUUAAAAGGUAAAAGCAAUGCAUUAAGUAUUUAUACAGCUUCGAUUAAAAAGGAAUAAAAUACUUUACAGAGAAUCUCAA